AUGCAAUCGGGAUCAACUUCUCUUGUCGUCCCCUACUCUGAUCAUGACCAGUUCCCGGUCAAAGCCAUGCGUACCUCAGUGCCGUUUUUACCUGUCAGCCUUGUUGAGCACCCCCUCGGCCUUCUAGUUGAUUAUCUCGACUGGAAGACAAUACAGCGACUUUCAAUGACGUCCAAAGGGGUCCGCCGAGUCGUCCAUCACGCUCUUCGCACACGCCUUCAUCACAUUCUGCGGCAUUGGAUCGAGCCGGCCGACUUGUUUAUGCGCCUGUUGGAAGAGACUGGUGCUGUUCUUAUCGGGGACAUUGUGCUUGCAUUCAUUUACCGCACAAUCACCCCAUGGUUCACCAGCCCUCUUCACAUCAGUUGCCCGAACAACGACGUCGCAGUUACACGCCUCAAGAACUUUUUUCGUACUCCUGGGCAUUAUAACAUCCGCCAAAACCGCGCCCCAGUCGAAGGCUUAUCCGAAAUCAGAGACAUCAUACACGCCACACGCACUCGUAGCCGGGGCCCGUUCGAAUCACGUCUCACGCAAUACAUCGAGAUCAUCGUCUCGUCCACUUCCAAUGCAACAUCCCCUAUUCCCAGGCUGUGGAACUCAGCUUUCGUGAGCUAUCUCAGCUCUACGGAGAUGGUGGUCGCAUACCCGAAGAGUGCAUUUCAGCGCUGUAGUUUUAUCCCACCUUCGCUUGGCGAGGUCGCAUCCUUCGACGCCAAAUAUGCUUUAGCCAAGCACGGUGUCCACAUUCGCACAUAUCGAAACCACACAUCCUCGAGCGACGAGAUCACCAUGCUUCCCGGGUACGGUUGGGAGGAUAGACGUAGCUUCGACGACAAGUAUUCCUUCCGUAUGCGCGUAUCUCUCGGUCGAGACUCGCCAAUCGCUGGUGCGCUAGACCCACCGCCCGUCCAUCGGAAGGAACACGCGUUCGUGACGCUCGCCCUUGGAUCGAGUUGA